AUGCCGGGAAUCGGCACUGGGACCGUCGCAGUAGGCCAGUACUGGGAAGGCUUGACAGGAAAAGGGCUCUACGACGAUAUCCGCGAGGCUUACAGCUUCUUGUGUCAUAAUUAUGACGACAACGACGAGAUAUUCCUAGUUGGGUAUUCGAGGGGUGCUUUCACCGUCAGAUGCGUAGCACAACUUAUCCAGGGCGUCGGGCUGCUCAAGAAGAGAGGGUUGCCGCUUCUACAAGAGUUGUUCGGACUCUGGAAGAAGAGAACCAAGACCAAGUCUAUCUAUCUGGUCAUGGAAGUCGACCCCUUUACCCAUAAUGCCUUUCAAGCGUUGGCUUUGCAAGAGCGCCGACGCUCUUUCCGCCCAAUCGUCUGGAAAGUUCCGUGGGGAGUGAGGAGGAAUGCAAGAGUCGGGAGCGGUGACACUGUGGACCAUGGCGACGAGACUGCCCAUCACGAUGAACCUGUGAAUCCAUCUUCUCAAGCGCAGAGACAAAAUUCGAAGCAGUGCCGAUUUCUAGGCUACCAUGGUGAUGUCGGCUGUGGCGAGGAGGAGGCAGCACUGUCGCACAUUUACUUGAUUUGGAUGGCUUCGCAGUUGACGGGGCUUCUCCAUUUCAACGCGGUCAAUGUCCUACCACCAGGCGUUGAAAUCCAUGAGCCUCAUGGCGAAAUGGCGGCAAAGGCAGCCUCGCCUCGCAUCUUACGGACCCAGACCAAGUUGACGGUCGAUGCGUCGAUGCUUCUAAUCGCGAGCUUUGGCGUAUCUAUAAAGUUGAUGAGGGAAUUGCACGGUUUGAAUACACGACUUCCUGACUCGCUCAAGGGUGUCUUCAAACUUGGCGGCUCUAAACCCAGACAACCGUGCCGCCGGCUUCACUCCAAUACAAGCGCCUACAAGGUCGACGAACCAAGCUCUACCCACGGUAGCGAAAAGGUGCAUUUCACAACGCGUCUCCUGCUGGCCGAUCAAACUAUCUGUCUUUCCGCGUCACUAACGAGGGCGUCAGCCGCUGUUCAGGACGGCAGAGUGGUGUGGUCGAUGCCCGGUGCCAGGAAGAAGUGA